AUGGCUCGUGCUGCAGGUGUGCAUGGGCUGUUUUUAUUGAUUUUGUUGGAGAUAACCUUCAUCUGCACGGCGCAGAGGGUUGGAGGCGGCUCUCCCGGCCCUCCAGGUGUGCCUGGAAUAGACGGCAUUGCUGGGGAGAGAGGGGAUCCUGGUGAAGAAGGCUCUGCUGGUCCUGAUGGAGAUCCUGGGAAACCCGGUUCUGCUGGACUUCCUGGAUCACCUGGAGCUGAUGGAUUGCCUGGCCCCUUAGGAGAACCGGGCCCCGACGGUCCCCCAAGACAGAAGGGUGAACCUGGAAAACCUGGACCCAGAGGAGAGGCCGGUGUUGGACCUGAUGGACCUUUAGGACCACCAGGACCAGGAGGACUUCUGGGUGAGCUGGGAAAAGUGGGACCCCCUGGAGCCAUGGGUGUGAGAGGGCCACAGGGAGCCUGUGGACCAGCAGGGCCCCGUGGUGCUGCAGGAAUGCUGGGUGGAACUAUGGAACUGUGCCCUAAUGCAUGCCCACCUGGUGCACCUGGCUAUCCUGGCUUGCCUGGCAUGAAGGGUCACAAAGGAGUGAAAGGAGAAGCCGGAGUGCCUGGUAAACAAGGACAUAAGGGUGUGGAGGGAGAUCAGGGGGGCCCUGGAGAUGCUGGAUCUCAAGGUCCAUCUGGUCCACAGGGAAUUCGAGGUGCCACUGGAAUGAUGGGCUCUAAAGGAGAAAUGGGGCCUCGAGGUGUUGAUGGGGACCCGGGACCUCAGGGUGUAGCAGGGGCCAUGUUAAGUUCACUAAAAACUGGGGAUCGUGGCCAGAGGGGCGUGAUGGGAGAAACUGGCCCUAAAGGUGAACAGGGACCUCAAGGGCAGAGAGGUAUCACUGGUCUUCCUGGCCCAAAAGGAGAUAGUGGUUUGCCAGGUGUGUAUGGACGUGAGGGAAUCCCUGGCAUUCCAGGCGCUAAGGGAAGCACUGGAAAGGCUGGAGCCCCAGGGGAGAUUGGCCUUCAAGGACUUCCUGGUUUGCCAGGAAGCCCAGGGGCAAAAGGUGCAUCUGGAGAAAAGGGUAAUGCUGGACAACAAGGCCUCAUUGGCACUAUGGGAUCUACAGGCAGACAGGGUGAGCGAGGAGAACAAGGAGAGCUUGGACCCACUGGGCCUAUUGGACAACCGGGAGACAGAGGAGAGCAGGGGCCACCUGGACCAAUGGGAAAACCAGGAGCUAGAGGUCCUAAAGGAGACUUGGGUUUGCCUGGGCUUCUUGGACCACCAGGCCUGCCAGGUGAAAAAGGAGAGAGGGGUGAAGCAGGUGAACUGGGACCAAAGGGAGAACAGGGAGAUCAAGGCACAGAGGGAACACCAGGAGACAAGGGAGAUGUUGGUGACCCUGGCCAAGCUGGAGCUAAAGGCGAAGUUGGUAACCAGGGGGAGCCGGGUAAGAUAGGCCCUGAAGGUACCCGUGGGCAGCCUGGCAUCGAGGGACCUCCUGGUAGUCCUGGACCACGUGGCAUGCAAGGGGACAGAGGGGCACCGGGACCUCGUGGCACCCAAGGGCCAGCUGGUAAAGAACCAAGCGAUCAAAACAUCAGACAAGUCUGCAUGCGCGUGAUGCAAGAGCAGCUUGCCCAGUUGGCUGCCAGUCUGAGGAGACCAGAGUCUGGUGCGCCCGGACUGCCUGGCAGGCCUGGUCCCCCUGGUCCUCCAGGACCCCCAGGUGACAACGGCUUCCCUGGGCAAGCUGGUGCAAGAGGACUCCCUGGACUCAAAGGGCCUCCAGGACUCCUGGGUCUCAAAGGGCCAAAAGGUGAGAUGGGAGACAGAGGGGAUAGGGGACCUACAGUUCGAGGACCCAAAGGCAUGCCAGGACCUCCUGGCUUACCAGGUGAACCAGGAAAACCGGGAUACGGUUAUGAUGGACGUGAUGGGGAGCGGGGUCCACCUGGUGUCCCGGGACAGCCUGGCGUCCCUGGCUCUCCUGGUCCAGCCGGCCCUCCUGGCUACUGCGAUCCAUCAGCCUGUAAUCUCAGUGCAGGUGCCGCCCAUCAGUCUCUUAAAGACUCUAGCAUGAAGGGACCAGGCGGUAACUAA